AUGUCGCAUAACGUUCGCCCGUCGAGGUACGCCGUGUCUCAGUCAAAAGCGCGCAUCUUCGUAGGUCAGCUGGAGCCCUACGUUACGGAGCAGGACCUGUACCCUGUGUUCAGCUGCUAUGGCAAGAUUCUGCACCUCAACAUUGUGCGCCACUCGACUACGGUGACCCCCAACGAGGAGCGCCGCAUCCCAACAGCGUUUGUUUGGUACGAGACGACCACGGAAGCGGACGCAGCCAUCGCAGCACUGCACAACGUCUUCACCUUCUCUUCACCAGACGAGGAGGAAAACAAAGUACGCUACAUUCAAGUGAGCUACGCGGACAAGAGCCCUGAGUGCACCCCGUGGGGCCGCUGGCAGAAGACCCAGGCAGAGAUCAUGCGCCGCACGAACCCCUCUGGCACCGGCACCGGAAGCAACAACAUGCCGGGGCAGUACACCCACGUCACCAGUGGGAGCACGAGUGCCUACUCGUCGCCCGCCCUCAACACCGGCGGCGGGUAUACUGUGUCUGCGAGUGGACCAGCCAUCCGGUCCUCACAGUCGAGCGGUGACAUCGUCUCGAUGCGCUACCCGCGUAACCCAUCCCGUGGCCCUCUCCCCCUGACCUCGCACAUCGAUCACACCGAAGCGCAGUACUACAGCAGCUACGACAACCUCUACAGCCUCGGUCAUCGCAGCCAGCUCUACAGCGUAGGCAGUCCCGUCAACAACAUGAUGGGGUACGCGAAGCACACUGGCAUGCCACCGGACAGGAGCAUCAGCAGUGGCGACCUCACCCGUGGCUCGACGUCGUCCAUCUGGAAUGUGACCGGGGAGAUGAAGAGCCCCCUUGCGGACCCGAGCCGGUUCCGCCACACCGCCCGCUACACCGUUCCAGAGCCUGACGAGGACCUCAUCAUGGCUGCCCCCAGCUUCACGGUGACAAGUGGGCCAUAA